AGAGGCCAUAACGCCCCCAACUUGGCAACCCACCCUAACAAAAGGCAAAGCCAACCGCCUUACCUUUUCUGACAUCCAUCCAAAUAUCAUAUCUAGCAGCCAAACACACAAUACCAAUAUCAGAAUUCAGAACCCUUCUUCCAUGGAGCUGCCAUCCCCUCUCCAUCCUCUUCCCUGGCAAUACCUUUUCCCUCCUCACCUCCUCCUUCCACACAACCUCAUCCCUCCAAACUAUGUUCACUGGACCCAAACGCCAGAAUCUCACAUUUUCUCUGCUGACAUCCCUGGUGUGAGGAAAGAAGAACUGAGAGUGGAGGUUGAAGAUUCGAGGUACCUCAUAAUCAGAACUGAAGAAGCAGAGGAAUCCACAGAGGCUCCUGCGAGGAAGUUCAUGAGGAAGUUCAGGCUUCCAGCUAGGGUUGACCUCGAAGCCAUCUCUGCAGGAUAUGAAAAUGGAGUCUUGACCGUUACGGUUCCCAGAUCUUUGAGGAGAGGCUUCUUUAUUGACCCUUCUGCUGUGCCUGAGACAAUGGAAGUUCUUGCUAGGGCUGCUUGAUGAAUUCCCAAUACUUUGCUUCUUCUUUGUUCAUAUAUUUCUGGGGAAAAUCAGCAGCCUCUGAAUUUGGAUAUUUUAUCUGCUCACUGUUAUUUACAGAAGUGACAUUUAGUUUAAGUCCUCGUUUUAUUGGCUUAUCUGAUUAUUUCAAAUUCGAAGCUUUCUUA